AUGUCUUCAACUUACAACAAACUCGACGAUGGAAAGCGUUCAAACGCUGGUAUUGAGAACUACAAUAAUUUCUGGCAAAAGAACGCUUCAAACGACUCAGAGACUGAUCGUCAAAACAGAUUAGACGUUUACAAGGACGUCGUCAAUGGCUACUACGAUGGUGCUACUGAAUUAUACGAGUAUGGUUGGGGUACUUCCUUCCAUUUCUGCAGAUACUACAAGGGAGAAGGUUUCUAUCAAGCUUUGGCCAGACACGAACACUAUCUUUCCUCAAGAAUCGGCUUGAAGAAGGGCAUGAAGGUAUUAGAUGUCGGUUGCGGUGUUGGUGGUCCAGCUCGUGAAAUCGCUAGGUUUUCAGACGCCAACAUCGUCGGCUUGAACAACAACGCCUUCCAAGUCUCCAGAGCAAGAAAGUACACACAAAAGGUUGGCCUCGAAAACCAAGUCGAAUUCGUCAAGGGUGACUUCAUGAAAUUGUCUGAACAAUUCGGUGAAAAUUCUUUCGAUGCUGUUUACGCGAUCGAGGCUACAGUACACGCACCAAACUUCGAGGGUGUUUAUGGUGAGAUCAAGAAGAUCCUUAAACCAGGUGGAAUUUUCGGUGUUUACGAGUGGUGUAUGACUGACGAAUGGGAUCCACGUAACCCAGAUCACAAGAGAGUCGCUCACGGAAUCGAAAUCGGUGAUGGUAUUCCAGAAAUGCGCAACAUUGAGAAUGCUCGUAACGCAUUGAAGAAUGUUGGUUUCGAAAUCCUUCACGAGGAAGAUCUUGCAGACAGACCAGACGACAUCCAAUGGUACUACCCAUUAGAAGGUGAUAUCAGAAAGUGUCAAAGCUUGUGGGAUGUUUUCACAGUAUGGAGAAUGACAAACUUCGGUAAAUUCAUCACCCAAAAUGGUGUAAAAUUACUCGAAAAGGUCGGUGUAGUACCAAAAGGUACCUUCGAUGUUGGUGAAUCACUCAAGGUAGCUGCUGAUGCGCUCGUCGAAGGUGGUCAAAAGAAGCUCUUCACACCAAUGAUGUUGUUCAUCUCAAAAAAGCCUGAAUAA